AUUAUGAUCAACCCAGUUAACACCAACACCAACGCCAACACCAACCUUCCCCUUCAGAGUUAUAUUUUCUCAAGCAUCCUUUUGAUCUUAUAGCACAAACUAAGUUAUAUAUCAAAUAUGGAUUUCCUCAUCACAGAUAUCCAGGAGAAGGAAGUGACUCAGCCAAAAUCUCCAAGCUUUCCUCAAAUUAAAUCCACGACGACUGGUUUCCCCGAGCACAAGAAGCGCACGCGCAUCUCGACCUUCAAAUCAAAACGGCAGGGCGCAAAGUCUGAUGAGAAAGCAUUCACCACAGCUUCGAAAGAGCCACUUCCCACACCACUACACAAUGCGAGCCCACCGACGCAACCGAGUAGGGGAGAUUUAAAGCAAAAUGAGUUUCAAGGCAUAGACCGAGAGAACAACGAAAGACUGGCAUCCAUGUCCCCAGAGGAGAUCGAAGAGGCCCGGCGAGAAUUAUUUAGCGGCUUGGAUCAAUCUACACUAGAGAUGCUUUUAAAGCGCGCCAACCUCGACGAAGCCUGCAACUCCUCGCCCUUCGACCAGCCCAAUGAAAGCAGCACCGGGGGAAAUCCGAGCGAAGCGACGCGGACACAAGACCCUCCGAAGAUACAGAUAGAAGACACAUCCGACCAGCCGAGCGUCAGCGCUGCCGAUCCUAACGUUGCGCAAAGUCCAACUACCAGUCACUCCAAGCGCGUACACUUUGCUUCGGUAGCAGAUGAAGACGAGGAAGAAAAAGCGACCACGGCACCCUUACCACAACACACACCCACUCACAAACCCUAUGACGAUGACGCAGCCCCGAGCGAACCCCCCAAAGACUACAUAAUCGACCCCAAUGCCCCCAACGUUGAUAAAGCACCCCUCCCCAAACCACACUGGCCGCACCCACCCCAACCCGCGGACCUCGACCCCCACGACCCUAAUUUUCUCCAACUCCUUCACGAGAAAUACUUCCCCCAACUCCCCGCCGACCCCUCCAAGCUAGCCUGGAUGGCGCCCGUGCCAACACCCAACUCGAUCGCAGACCACGACAGCCCCUACCACCCCUCCCAAUCCUCCCUCCCCGUAUCCGCUCUCCGCUUCGACUUCCGGGGCCUCCUCCUGCCCCCGCGGAUCUCUCGCGCCGUCCCCGUAACCAAAGGUCUGCACCACCAUGGCGAGGCCCCCGAGGCCGCGGGUUACACCGUGCGCGAGCUAGCACGACUAUGCCGCAGCGCCGUCCCGGGGCAGCGGUGCGUCGCGUACCAGACGCUCGGCCGCGUGCUGUACCGGCUCGGGCGCGGCGAGUACGGCGGCGCCGUCGAUGCCGUGCCCCAGGGCCUGUGGGCCGAGUUCGAGGAAGGGGCUGUCCUCCGCAGUUUGUACGAGGAAGCUGCGACCGAGGAAGGCCGCGGUCACCGCAGCGCGAGGGCGUUUGCCAUCGAGGCGAUCUGGUUAUUCGAGAAGGGGGGUUGGAAGGAGAGGAUGCGGAAGGGGAGGUAGAAGAAGAAUAAAAACAGAAACAGGAAAAAGGCAGAAGUAGAAGUAGAAGGAUAAGAAGUAAAUAGGAUACCUAUGCUAUGAAGCCUACCUAGGUAGUAGCUACAUACCUCUAACUAGCCAGCUAAAUGGUAAAAAGGAAAUGCAACCUUGAAGGAACAACAGCAAGGUUUUUUUUUUUUUUUUUUUU